AUGGCGACAGCUUCUAAGAGAUUCAACCUCAUCUCCAACACUCUGAAAGCAAAGCCUCUCCCCUCUGAUCCAUGUACCAGAGCAGAUAUAGAGGCUGUCCUUGAAAAUGGGUAUGUGAUUAUCCCCGACUGCUUCACCAAAGAUGAAGCAAAGGAGGCCAGGGACGAGAUCCAGCGUUUGGUUGGAACAUCGCCCAGAGGCGGUCGCAACCCCUUCGAGGGCCUCAGGACUACGCGAAUAUAUUCGCUUCUCAACAAAACGAGAGUUAUGGACAAGUUUUGUAUCUUGCCACGAGUACUGGCGCUGAACGAUUACUUUCUUGAUCCGGGAUAUCUUCUCAGUGCUUUCCACACCAUCUCGAUCAACCCUGGCGAGGCCAAACAGGCCCUGCACCACGAUGAUGGAUACAUCAACAUGGCACGACCGCGCCCACCGUUUGGAGCAGCAAUCAUGGUAGCACUGAGCGAGUAUACAGCUGCCAAUGGAGCGACUCGAAUCAUUCCAGGUUCACACCUUUGGGACAGCGAUCGCGCCCAGCAAGCGAAGGAAGAGGAUACGAUUCCUGCUCUUGUACCGGAGGGAGGCGUGUGUUAUUUCAUUUCGACUUUGAUACAUGGCGGAGGACAGAAUACAACACCUCAGCCUCGACAAAGUGCGACAGUGCAAUACUGCAAUCCAUACAUUCGACCGAUUGAGAACCAGUUCCUCGCCGUCGAUCCUCGCAAACUCGGUGGGAUAGACCACAGGAUUGUCGAUAUGAUGGGGUAUAGAGAGAUGAAACCCUUCAUGGGUUACGUGGACGCCCUGAACCCAAGAUAUGGGGCAGAGCGGAUGGUCGAAUGGUUACAGAAAGAAGUCGACCAUCAUCCGCCCACCUUUGCGCGCGAGCACAAGCUAUAG